AUGCCACAGCCGACCGACAUCCCCUCGUUUGCGAGCACGCAACUGACGCUCCUCUCCGCCGAGCUCGAGGCCGAGCUCUCAGAAACCAACGAGCUCCUCACGUCGCACACGCCCUCAGCACUAGCGCGGGCAGGCCUCGCAAUCCUAAACCUUAACAUCACCUCUAUACGCACAGGGUUGGGCGGCAAAACCGUGCUCGAGCUCGGACUCGACAGCGCAGUCGUAAACAAAGGCGCUGCCCCGGAUAUCCCUGAACACGGGAUCCGUGUGGGGGAUAUUGUGGCGGUGCAGGAGCAGGUUGGGGCGAGUGCGAAGAAAGGGGAGAAGAGGGAGGCGGCGAAGAGGGGGGUCGAAGGCGUAGUGUUGAGGGUGAGACGGGAGAAUGUUGAGGUUGUGCUGGAUAAGGAGGAGGAUGGGGUAAACGGGGGUGGCAGGUUGUGGAUAGUCAAGUUGGCCAACGAUGUCACAUACAAGCGGAUGAACCAGACUAUGAACAGGCUACAGAAGCUAGGGGAUCAGGACUAUUCACCCUUCAUGCGAGUGUUGUUUGGACAGGCGUCGCCGUCUCCACUCCCAACGGAUCUUAAUGAUCCUUCGAAUCCACUACACAAACUCGAGUGGAUCGAUCCUUCCCUGAACGAUAGUCAGAAAGAAGCGAUUAGGUUCGCAUUAGCCUCGAGAGAGGUUGCUCUCAUUCACGGACCACCGGGCACAGGCAAGACGCAUACGCUUAUCGAGCUGAUCUUGCAGUUACUCAAGCAAAAGCUACGUCUGCUAGUAUGCGGUCCGUCCAACAUAUCGGUAGACAAUAUUGUCGAGCGGCUAGCCUCUCACAAGGUACCCAUGGUGCGCUUGGGACAUCCAGCGCGGCUACUGCCCUCAGUCCUCAGCCAUUCUCUAGACGUACUCACACGGACUUCAGAAGCGGCUGCAUUGGUAGAAGAUGUGCGCAAAGAAAUGGACGAAAAACAGGCAUCGAUUCGCAAGACGCGUAAUGCAAAGGAGCGACGACAGAUCUACACUGAGCUGAAAGAGCUGCGUCAAGAGUUCCGAGAGCGAGAAAAGGGAUGCGUCAACAACCUGGUCACAGGUAGCAAGGUGGUGCUGGCCACGCUACACGGCGCAGGUGGAUUCCACCUCAAGGGGCAAGAGUUUGACGUUGUUAUUGUGGAUGAGGCAAGUCAGGCGUUGGAAGCACAAUGCUGGGUGCCGCUUCUGUGGACAAAGGCGAAUAAACUAGUACUUGCAGGAGACCAUCUCCAGCUUCCGCCUACGAUCAAAUCCCUGAACUCCAAGGAGGCCAAGACGGCCAAAAAGAGCAAGGACAAGAAGACCAAGGGUGCAGAGGAUAAUGCGGAUAGAUCCAUGUUAAAGCAAGGAGAAGGUAUAACACUGGAGACGACACUGUUCGAUCGACUUCUGGCCUUGCACGGCCCGUCGAUCAAGCGUAUGCUAACGACGCAAUACCGAAUGCAUGAGAAGAUCAUGCGCUUUCCGUCCGACGAACUUUACGAUUCGAAACUUGUGGCUGCAGAUUUUGUCAAGGCGCGACUACUCAAGGACCUGAAGUACGAGGUGCAAGAGACAGAAGACACUACGGAGCCGCUCGUCUUCUGGGAUACCCAAGGUGGAGAUUUUCCCGAAAAGGUCGAAGACGAAGGCGUGAUUGGGAAAGGUGGCAAAGGUAUGAGUCUUGGCGAUAGCAAGUCUAACGAGGCCGAGGCGGCACUGGUUCGAAUGCACGUCAGAAAUCUGGUGGGUGCCGGCGUAAAGCCCGAGGAUAUUGCAGUUGUUACGCCAUACAAUGCGCAGCUCGCAUUGCUUGGUGGAAUGCUCAAAGAAGAGUAUCCUAGCAUGGAGCUGGGAUCCGUUGACGGGUUUCAAGGCAGAGAGAAAGAAGCUGUCAUUGUCAGCACGGUGCGGAGCAAUGCAGAGCAUGAAGUUGGCUUCCUGGGCGAAAAGAGACGACUCAACGCUGCAGAAGGCCUCUGUGGUGAUGAUGUGCUAAUGAGGAUUACCGGAUUAGUGGCCAUGACACGCCCAAAGCGGCAUCUCUGUGUGAUUGGAGAUUCGGAGACAAUGAGCAAGUAA